CUCGUGACGUCACUGCUUCUGUUCUGUCUGUGCCUCCCUCUUCCUCGUCUCGUCUGAGUAACCUCCCCCUUGUUGUGCGGGACAAAUAAUAACAAAUAAGGCCUCAAUUUGUUAUACGCCUCUCUACUGAUGAUACCAUCGAUGUUUGCUCAGAGGUUUUGAACGAGACGACAGUUCCUUUUCAAUAUUCUCUUUCAGGCAUGUCCCCUCAACCAUGGAUAAGAGCACCACUUUUCAAAUUGAUUAUUUGCAUAGGCCUGGUGCUUGUUGGUCUACAAUAUAUGCUCAGCGGAACAUUUCAUGUUUAUAGACAUGAGACACUAUUUUAUAUUCAUGGUAAUGGAGGUGCACAUUUGGGACAUCCAAUUAGCUGGCACAGUGCACUCCGGAACAACUCAUCUAACAGCUCCACUUCAGCAUUGUUAUUGAUGAACCUUUCAGCAAAUAAUGCUGGGCCAACCUUGGGAACAUUUAUUUCUCAAAAUUUGAUCACAGAUCCCAGCAAUAUGACAAUUAAGAACAGAACUGAAUCUAAAAACCCCACCAUACCCACUCUUCCUCUUUGUCCUCUGAUCCCAACUGAUCUCAGAGGGCCUGUAGAGAUUAGUGAUGUUGCACAUUCCAUGGAACAGUUAGAACUUCUUUUUGAUAAUUUGGAUCCAGGAGGACAUUACAAACCUCCUAAUUGCCAAGCUCGCAGCCGUGUUGCUCUUAUCAUACCUUAUCGAGAUAGAGCGUCUCAGCUGACUGCUUUUCUCUAUCAUAUGCAUCCAUUUCUCCAAAAACAACAGCUAGAAUAUGGAAUCAUAAUUGUGGAGCAAGCAGGAUAUGGGCCCUUUAAUCGUGCUAUGCUCAUGAAUAUAGGAUUUGUUGAGGCCCAGAAAUUACAUCAGUAUGACUGCUUUAUUUUUCAUGAUGUGGAUCUUUUACCUGAAGAUGACCGCAACUUGUACACAUGCCCAGAACAGCCUCGUCAUAUGUCUGUAGCUGUUAGCACUUUAAAGUAUAAGUUACCGUAUAAAGACAUUUUUGGUGGAGUCAGUGCACUGACACUGGACCAAUUUAAAACUGUGAAUGGAUUCAGCAACAAAUUUUGGGGUUGGGGUGGUGAAGAUGACGAUAUGGCAAAUCGUCUGAAGUACCAUGACUAUCACAUUUCCCGUUACGCAGCAAAUAUAGCUCGAUAUAAAAUGCUCCCUCACAGACGACAACCUGCAAAUCCUAAACGGCAUGAAUUCUUGUAUAAUGGCAAUAAACGCUUCAAUAUCGAUGGACUUAACAACUUACAGUAUCAACGUCAAGAUCUAAAACUGAACAAACUCUACACGUGGGUUCUAGUAGAAAUAUCAGAGUCUAGGUGAUGGAGUCAGCUUGCCUCACUUGCUUGGUGGGGCAAGCGAUAAGUUCACUUAGCCGUCUGAAAAGACUUCUUUGUCUUUUAUCCAUGGAUAGUUUUAUUGUCUGGUUUAGUGGACAAUUCAAGCUAGUCCAGAAGACUUUCUCUAGAGUCAAUCCUAAAACUUCUUAAUGUACUUCUAUGUUUAGAGAUUCAGUGUCAUUUAGUAAGAUCUCAUAAUGUUUUCAACUGUAAAUUAUACUCUUAUCAUUAAGGAACCGCAGUAUAUGGUGAUAAUUGAGAACAAUGUCAAGUAUCUGUGAUAGCCUGUAGGUUAGGACAGCUGUUUAAUUCAAGUUAUUAUUGUUGUUAUUAGGGCAUAUUCAAAGUUCAAAUAGUUUUCAAUUAAUAUUUAUCUUCCUUGAUCAACAAAGCCACAGAAAUAUCUUAUGUGGUCGUGUAAAUGUGCAUGCCCGUUCCUUGUGAUAAUGUAAAGUGACUUAAAAUAGUAAAUUACGCUUUUGUGUGAAUUCACGUUUGUGAUUGUUAUGUGACCGUGAAAUGUGCUCAAAUUGUUUCAGCUGAAUGAUCGUUCCAUUUAUCAGUGUUAAUACUUGCCGUGGUGAAAAGGUGCAAAUGAAUACCUACUUUUUGGCAAACUAUUCUAUCUUGUUUCAUUUUUAUCCUUUUAUAUGUGUAAAAUUUGUUAACAAGCACUUUCUUGAGUGUCAUUGUUUUGUAUAAGAACUCCCAAGCGUUUGUAUCUGAAAUUUUAGCAUUCUUACUCUUUUUGCCUUCCAGCACAGUGUUAUUGUUAAAUAUCAAAUUAAUCUUUCUCAUCAGUAUAUAGCUGUGACAUUGCUUCUGGAUGUCCAAUCCUGUUGGAUCACUAGACGUGCCUUUCAUUUCAUUAUUUGUUCUUUUUUUCUGCUCAUUAGAAUGAAUGAUGAAUAGCUCUGUUUUAUUUUCUGUUAGUGUAAUUAAUUAUGGUGGUGCCAUUAUGAGGCGUCUCUGUGAAGUCAAAUUGUGUUAACUAAUUCAUGCGUAACAUUUCUUUGUAAUACUUAUGGUACUUAAUAAUUUCAAAGUGUUUGAUGUCAUGUUUUGUAAAUUUUCAGCCAUUACCCUUUGUUAGCAGAGUAACAUAAUCUGGUCUCAAGAACUAGACUUUUUCUUCUUUUUUUUUGUGCCAAACAAGUUUGUUUAAGAUGGGUUAAGUUGGCUACAACUUUUUAGUGUCCUCAGUCUAAUUCACAUUAUGCUCCCUAUUUUUAUGUCUUGCUCAUUGGCCGUUUUGUUUGUUUUUUUUGUUCUUUUUUUUCUUAGAUAUUUUAUAUUAAACUAGUCUUGACUUGCAUAAUAAUUAAAAUCUAUGUUGUUAUUAUUUUCUCUUUAUUUUUUUCUGAAUUAAAGUUUUUGCGGUAUGUUUUUAUCUCACUGCAUUUGGAAACUGUAGAUUUUGUUUAGCCCUUUGUAAUCUAAUCUACAUUUUUUGUAUUAAAGAAAAUGAAAAAAAUUGUUUGCAACCAGUUUUCAUACUUUGCAAUUCAUUAUGCUUCUAGUCCAGAAAGACUCAUGGUAUUGUGAACUAAUGAAAGUAUCGUCUGAGCGUAUAGAAAUUGAUAAAUUUCACUUGUGAUUGAUGUUAUUUGUUUUCUUUGCUUGUUAAAUCUUGUAUUGUUACUUGUUUUAUCUAGUGUUUCUAAUUGACUGAACCAAUAGCGGCAAUUUGUUGGUACUGCUAUGUUCUUUGACCAUGAGUUACCUUUUCCCAAUUGCAACCACUGCUCUGUUGUACAGUAUCAGCACUGACAUAGUAACUUGCUGACUGGAACUGUAUGAAGAUAUCUACUUGGGUUCAUUUUCAUUUUAUUUAUCCUAACUUUCUUUUAUCAUAACUGUCUCUAUUUCAAUUUUUCAAAAAUUCAAUUUGGCGUGAUUGUAUUUCUGGUAUAUUUAAGUAUUUGUAACUUACCCUCUUAUGUCUUCUGGAUCAGACGAUUAAUUAUUCAGAUAGAUUUAAUCAAAGUAUUAUCUGAUAUUGCUGCAGUGUUAGCGCUAGUAUUUCUUUAACUAUUGUAAUUUGUACCUUGAAUUAUUGCCCAUGUAGACAAUACUUUAAAAUUAAACUAUUCAAGAGGGCAUUUCAUAUUAUAUCUAAAAACAAACAAACUGAGAAGUCUUAAAAAAAGAUUGAUUGUCAAAUGUUAUCUGGCCUCUUUCUGCUAAAAACAAAAUCAGUAUGGACCACUACAGAAGCAUCAUGUCCUUAAACAUUCUGUAUCAAGAAAAAGUAUACCUACUAUAAUAAUAUUCAUAAGGACUACUACAUAAGCUUGUACCAAAUUUUUUAAAUUAGUGUACCCCUAAUAUGUAUUCCUAUGCAAAAUUUAUGCAACAACAAGUCACUCAGUUCUUUCAGCAUUUAUUGUACCGUCAUCCUUUGUUUACAUUUGUUGGAAAGGAUAAGUGAGUUCUGUCCCUCUCAUUACAUUCCUUCUUUUUCCGUUUCUGUGUAUUAACUCUCCUAACGUACUCUCAACCAUCACAGUAUCAUUUAGCAACUUACAAAUGAUAGAUAUCCUAGUUCAGCUGAAGGGUUAAAAAGUUGAUCUGAGGAACAAUGUGUGCAGAAUAUGUAAUUUUUCAUAGACAAACAAACUUCAAUCUGAAAUCCUUGUUUUUUUCGUGUUUGAGAUUAUAGUUUAAGACUCUAUUUAGACAGUGAAGGUGAUAUUUGCAGUUGUGAAGGAAUAAAGCCUUAAGAAACUUG